AUGUUAGCACACAUUUUGGCCGGGACAACUGAGUCAUUGGGAGCAUUCGCGUGUCACGAGAAAGUUCACACCGCAUCGAUGAGUCGGACGGAGUGGAGGGACCGAAAAGCCCGUCAGAUGCCUUGUCAGCAUGCAAAUGCUCGUCUCGAGGCAUCGCAGAAGCCUGACGGCCGUUGGCAACUCGAUUCAGGAUUUGCCACUCUUGUCGACGUCUAUCGGUGCUUGGUACUCUGA